ACAGUUUCCUGGUCUGAGACUUUGGCUCUGAGUCCUGAGGGUUACUGCUGUGUCACCCUGUCGGUCCCAGCCCAACCAAGCCUUGCCAUGUGCUCGCCUGUUUACCGUGGGUUUGUGGCUGCAGCAUGAACGCGGGGAAAGCAGGGCUUCCUAACAGGCUUCUAUUGGUAUAGAUAUGAUGUUAUGCAGCAGGGUUUGGUUAGGUACACGCCCUCCUCUAGCUAAGGCAAGACGCGAAUCUUGCCGAUGCAAGCCCGGGACUCCGGCGGACCCGAAGAACUGUCGAGUCCACGACUUCGAGAAGCGAAAGCGAUCCUCCAGCGCCGCAGUCAACAACGAACCAGAAUCCUCAUGCCAGGAUAAUCUCUCAGCACCGCCAAGUUCUAGACCUUAGACUCUAGAAAAAGAAAUGCAGCAAGAGAAAAAGAAAUGCAGCAAGAGAAAAAGAAAUGCAGCAAGAGAAAAAGCAAUGCCCAUGAACCAUGCAGUUGCCGCCAGGUCAAUACUCGUCUGCCUUCUCAAGCUUGGAUUCGUCAACUGUCUGUAUCGACGUCGAGGUGAAAGGGAGGUAUUGGCCGUCGGGCUGCGGAUUCGAAACCAGGAUGGUGACCAGACUGCCGUUCACCGCGACCACCUUGUAGACCACGGAUGAGCCGCGGAUGCGAACAACGUCGCCGUCUCGGAACUUGGGGACAGAUUAGCUCGGGACACCGUCACCUCGGGUUUGCAAGGCAGCAUACAGUCAUCUUGGGAUCCCCCCACGACGGACACGGGACGUACGAAGAUGCACGCUACUCGCUGUGCCUUCUUCCGUCAGUGCUGGAUAUUGCCUCCCAAAGGCGUAGCCUAAUGGUUACUUGG